AUGUCACUGUUAUUUGAAUGGGCUUUUGGUAAGAAGCUUACUCCGCAAGAGCGUCUUCGAAAGAAUCAAAGAGCGUUGGAAAAAACCCAACGAGAGCUUAGUCGAGAAGUCACCAAGUUACAGCAGCAAGAAAAGAAGCUUAUCAGCGACAUCAAAAAAUCGGCAAAACAGGGGCAAAUAUCGAGUGCCAAGAUCCAGGCCAAGGAUCUUAUAAGAACCAAGUCAUACAUUAAUAAAUUCAACUCGAUGAAGGCGCAAUUGCAAGCUAUUUCAUUGAGAGUGCAAAGCGUGAGGUCUAAUCAACAGAUGGCAAUGUCUAUGAGAGAUGCUACUAGGGUUUUAUCUGGGAUGAACAGGUCGAUGAAUUUGCCUCAGCUUAGUAGGAUAGCACAGGAGUUUGCUAAGGAGAAUGAUAUGAUGGAUCAGAAACAGGAAUUUAUGGAUGAUGCGAUAGAUGAUGCUAUGGCUAUGGAUGAAGAUGAGUUGGGUGAGGAAGAGCAGAUUGAUGAGAUUUUGGGUAAAGUACUCGAUGAGAUUGGAGUUGAUUUGAACACCAAUUUGAAGGACACGCCAACGGGAAUCACUGCUGGACAGGAAGCCGUUAGUAAUAAUCGUGUUGCUGAAGGUGUUGGAGCUCACGGAGGAGGAGGUGUUAGUAGUGUUGGUGGUGGUUUCGGGGCAAGCGAAGAGGAUGAUUUACAAGCAAGAUUAGACAGUUUAAAGAAGUAA